UAAACUGUAUCUACAAUUUAGAUCUUUAAGAAAUCCUAUUUAAGUAAAGUGUUAAUAUAAACAUGGCAAAUGAUGAAUAUGAAUCCGGAAUCAGACAAGCAUUGGCAAAUAUGUCACUUGGAACAGAUGAUGUGGAUACUGUUGUUAAUGCAUUUAUAACUGUUGACACCAACCAGAACGGCUGCAUCGAGAAGGAGGAAGUAGAAGACUUGUUUAGAGAGUCGGGUUUAAAACUUCCAAAGUAUAAGAUCCGUGAUUUAAUGAAGGAAGCUGAUUUGGAUCGAAACAAUACCAUCAGCCCAACAGAAUUUGCCCGGAUCUACGCCCAGCUGACAUCUGAAGAAUAUUCCCGUCAAUUUAAAACUGCAAUCACUACAAAGUCAAACUUGAAAAAAUCAGAAAUAUCCAAUGCGUCUGCUGAAGGGACUCAACAUUCUUAUUCGGAAGAAGAAUGUGCUGCGUUCAACAAAUGGAUCACAAAGAAUUUGAAAGACGAUGAUGAUUGUAAAGAUCGAGUGAAGAACAUGCAAGCUAACGAUUUCUUUAAACGGAUGAAAGAUGGAAUUAUUCUAUGUAAGAUGGUAAAUCUUUCCCAACCAGACACCAUUGAUGAGAGAACAAUAAAUAAGAAAAACCUUAACAUUUAUCGAGAACAGGAAAAUAUCAAUCUUGCCCUCAACUCUGCGUCUGCCAUUGGAUGCAACAUUGUGAACAUAGGAGCCGAGGAUAUUGUUCAAAAGAAAGAGCAUCUCAUCCUCGGUCUUUUAUGGCAAGUCAUCAGAAUCGGACUUUUCAGAAAGAUCGAUUUGAUUCACAACCCAGGUAUUAGUGCUCUUCUGUUAGAAGGUGAAACAUUGGAUGACCUUAGGGCAAUGUCACCUGAAGAUCUCCUUUUAAGGUGGAUGAAUUAUCAUCUUCAACAAUCUGACAAAUACAAAGAGGCAACUGGAGGAAAAGUUAUCACAAACUUCAGCGCAGACAUUAAGGACUCCAUUGCUUACACUUGUCUAUUGGAGAGAAUCCAACCAAUUGAUGAAGAGACACAACAAUAUGAACUGUCUCCACCAAUUUGUGCCAAAAUUGAAGCAAAAUCCAACACUGCCAGAGCUGAAUCCAUGCUUGAAGAUGCCGAGCGAAUGAAUUGCCGAGAGUUUGUGACCGCUAAAGACAUUACCAAAGGAAAUGCUAAACUCAACAUGGCUUUCGUGGCAAACCUAUUCAACACACACCCUGCCCUUACACCAAGAGACAUGGAAGAGAUAGAAGAGGAAAAGAGAGAAGUGAAGACAUAUAGAAACUGGAUGAACAGUUUGGGAGUUUCUCCUCGUGUCAACAAGUUCACCAGAGACUUAACUUCUGGACUUGUUCUGUUUCAACUAUACGAGCAAGUUAAGCCAGGUUGCGUGGAUUGGUCCAAGGUUGAUAAAAAGUGCAAAGGAAGAUUCAAAAAACUGCAGAAUCUU